AUGCGUUCCAACAACCUUCUCAUGCUCGCCAGCUUGGCGAGCUACGGUCUCUCCCUUCCCACUGCUGACCUGGAAUCUCGUACCUUCGGUCUCAUCCCCGGCAUUGUGUCCGGUGUCGCCCAUGACUUGACCGGUCUCAUCGGACUUCUCCUCGGUGAGGGUGGCCAGACUCCCGCGAGCCUCCUUUCCGGUAUCAGCGCUCGGGCAGCUGCGGCCCUGGAAGGUGGUGCUCUGGGAUGCAAGGCUGGUGAUGUCCACGCUCAUGCCCGUGCGGAGCUGGCCGCCUGGGUUCGCGCCCACGCCGACCUCCACCUCGAGGCCUCUCUGAAGACCGCUCUCCUGGACUGGUGUGACGGUGAAGACUCCGCCACCCUGUCUGUGGGCACCUGCGCCGGUCUGUCGCUGUUCAUCCCCACCUGUGCCGACAUCGCCGCCAAGGGUGACCUGUACGUCACCAUUGAUGGUAUCUUCUCGACUGCCGAGCUCGCCGCCGAGGUCGUCCUCAACGCCUCUGCUUCGUCUCACCUGUCUGCUUUCAUCUCGGGCCACCUUGGUGCCGCCCUUGAUGCUAAGAUCAAGGCUGGUCUCGGCCUCUGCGCUGGUGGUGGUGUUGUCACCGACCUGUCUGCGGAGAUCGUUGCUGCCCUGAAGGCCUGGCUCCACGGCUCCGACUGCUCCCUGAGCGCCUCCCUGAAGGUCUCCGUGAUCGCCUGGCUGGAGGGCAAGCUCGAGGGUGACGUCGUUCACCUCGGCUCUCUCCCCACUGGUGGAAUUGCCACCAUCUCCGCCGGUUCCGCCGUUGAGGCUCUCAUCGAGGAGAGCGGUGCUCUUUCUGCCAGCGCCAAGGCCUCCAUCGCUGCCUUCCUCAAGUCCGAAGUCUCCGCCAACAUCGAAGCCGAUAUCAAGACUGCUCUCCAGCUCUGCAUCAAGGGCGGCCUCGCCACCAGCCUCGACGUUGAGGUCCGCACUGCUCUGGCCACCUGGCUCUCCGGUUCCAGCUGCCGUCUUGGAGCUGAGAUCAAGUCUGUCCUCAUCCUCUGGCUCUCGUUCGCUGUCUCCGGUGAAGCCUCCGUCGACAUUCACUCCGGUCUCAUCACCGAGCUCACUUCCUUCCUUGAGGGCACCGUUGAGACCGUUCUUGGUGGCAGCAUCCGUGGCAUCAUCUCUCUCCUCAUCUCUGGCCAGAGCUUCGUCUCCCUCUCUCUUGAGGCUCGUGCUCAGCUCGUUGCCAUCUGCGGUGGUGCCGCCAGCGUUGAGAUCGACAGCCACAUCCAGCUCAUCCUCAUUGGCAUCAUCUCCGGCUGCGACACCGGUGCUGGCACUGGCACCCACACUGGCUCUUCCUCGGGCGUUCCCAGCAUCCCCGCUGCUACUCCCUCGGGCUCUUCUCCCGUCAUCCCCGGUGCCUCUUCCACCGCUGGUGUCCCCGAAGUCUCUACCCCCGUUGUCCCCGGAGGCCCUGCUCCCACUGGUACCGUCCCUGCUCGCGGUGAUGUUCCCUCUGGCUCCGUUCCUUCCGGCCCCGCUCCCACUGGAACCGCUCCCUCCGGCGGCGAUGUCCCCUCCGGCACUGCUCCCGUCGAGGCCAGCUCCACUCCUUGUGACACUCUGACCUCCGAGAACGUUGUUCCCAUCGUUACCGGCUCCGAGGGUGUCUCCUCUGGUACAGUCCCUGCUGGCGGUGAAGUCCCUGCCCCCACUGGUACCAUCCCCGCUGGCGGCAACGUCCCCUCUGGCUCUGCUCCCUCCGGACCGGCUCCCUCUGGACCCGCCCCCUCCGGCGGCGACCCUGCUCCCUCUGGCACCUCCCCUGCUGGAGGUGAGGUCCCCUCCGGCCCUGCUCCUUCGGGUCCUGCUCCCACUGGCACCGCUCCCUCCGGUGGUGAGGUCCCCGUCCCCAGCGGUGGUGCUUCUACUACCCCCUGUGACACCCUGACCUCCGAGAACGUCGUCCCCAUCGUUACCGGCUCCGAGAGCGUUCCCACUGGCACUGCCCCUAUCACCACGGCCCCUGUGCCCGCUGCCAGCUCCGGCCCUGGCCCCAAGGUGGUCACCAUCACCACCACCGUCAGCGUCUCCGCCUGUGAGCUCUAA